CUGCUGACAACAUGCAGUCCAGGCGAGACAGUUCGGAUGGGAAGAGCCAGUGAGUGGAGCAAACCUGUAGGAUCGCCAGCUCCUGUGCCAACCUUCACUACGGCCAAGCUCUCGCUCUCUUCAUUGGCACUGCAUAUGUUCCAGGAGGAUUCCUUCUUUUAUCGAACUGCUAGUGGGAUUUGGACAAUAAAGCCAGGGCCAGAAGUUGUUCAUGGGCUAGGGGACUUCCUCAGUUGACAUUAAGACAAAUGAACCAGCCCCCUCCAACCACGCACUGGAUACCAAAAGGAGCGGAAAAAGGAAAAUAACUGAACUGGCAGCCAAAUCGGCAAACCCGAGGUGUGUGUGGAGCCGGUCGGUCGUGAUGCCGGGCAAUCUAAAUCGUCUUGGCUUGUCAUUUCUCUAGGAAAACAGAUGCACUUUCAGCAGUGACUGCGCUACCUCACAGCAUCUCUGAUCGGCCCACAUCAUCUCUCUCCUCUCCUACCUCCUGCUAACGUGGCUUGGGCAUCUCCAUCAGGACCAUAGUGUCUGCCUUCUCUCCUCCUAACCCGUCCCCCUUCCUCCAAAAUCCCAAAUAACCAAAGACAAUGGUUCACUGUGCUGGAUGCGAAAGGCCCAUUCUGGACCGUUUCUUGUUGAAUGUGUUGGACAGGGCCUGGCAUGUGAAGUGCGUGCAGUGCUGUGAGUGUAAGUGCAACCUGACCGAGAAAUGCUUCUCCAGGGAGGGAAAGCUCUACUGUAAAAACGACUUCUUCAGGCGCUUUGGUACCAAGUGUGCGGGCUGUGCCCAGGGGAUCUCCCCCAGUGACCUAGUCAGGAGGGCAAGGAGCAAAGUGUUCCACUUGAACUGUUUCACCUGCAUGAUGUGUAACAAACAGCUCUCCACUGGAGAGGAACUUUAUAUCAUCGACGAGAACAAGUUCGUCUGCAAAGAAGAUUACUUAAACAACAGCAACGCUGCCAAAGAAAAUAGCCUUAUCUCAGGUAAAGCCCAAGUAACAGGCAGUGACCCCAGUUUGUCUCCUGAAUCUCAAGACCCUUUGCAAGAUGACGCUAAAGACUCUGAAAGUGCCAACGUCUCUGAUAAGGAGGCUGGGAUUAAUGAAAACGACGACCAAAACCUUGGGACGAAAAGAAGGGGACCUAGGACCACUAUCAAAGCCAAACAGUUGGAGACACUAAAAGCAGCAUUUGCAGCGACACCAAAACCGACCCGACACAUAAGGGAGCAGCUGGCACAGGAGACUGGUCUCAACAUGCGAGUCAUCCAGGUCUGGUUCCAGAACCGACGAUCCAAAGAGAGAAGAAUGAAACAGCUGAGCGCACUGGGGGCCCGGAGACACGCCUUCUUCCGCAGCCCCCGAAGGAUGAGACCGUUGGUGGACAGAUUAGAACCGGGAGAACUCAUCCCCAAUGGGCCCUUCGCUUUCUAUGGAGAUUAUCAGAGUGAGUAUUAUGGUCCUGGCAGCAACUAUGACUUUUUCCCACAAGGACCCCCAUCAUCUCAAGCUCAGACUCCUGUAGAUUUGCCAUUUGUACCUUCUUCUGGGCCUGCAGGAACGCCACUUGGUGCAAUGGAUCACCCAAUCCCUGGACACCACCCAUCUAGUGACGCUCAGCGAUUUACUGACAUAAUGUCCCACCCACCAGGAGACUCUCCAAGCCCAGAGCCCAAUUUACCAGGUUCCAUGCACUCUAUGUCUGCAGAAGUUUUUGGACAAAGUCCCCCCUUUUCUUCUCUAUCGGUCAAUGGAGGAGCAGGUUAUGUCAACCAUUUGUCACACCCACCAGAAAUGAAUGAAACUGCAGUGUGGUAGCCUAAGAUGGACAAAAACAGAACAAAAAAUCAGAAAGGACUGGGUGCAAUGGGCUACCAUGUCAAGGUUUCCUAUGGUGUACAGAACUGGUAAAUAAAAUUCUAUUCUGUCCUAAAGAUGUGUACAGUUUUGGAUGGAAAAAUAAUUUGCAAGAAUAUGCCAUAAUAUGGAUUCAAAGAAAAAUAUUUUCUAAGAUGACAGAAAAAUCAAACUGGUGACUCUGUACAGUAGAGUCUUGUCAUGCUAGGGGAUGGAAAAGAAUAACCUGUUAGGUGGCACACAGGACACAAUAUUAAUCUGCUUUCAUUGUACACAGAGUACACCCAAGUGCAAGUGAUAAUCUUGAAAAACUUAGUAGAAAUAAAAUACGUUAUCAAGGAUUGUCUAGAAAGUUGAAUCUGUCUAGAAUGUUGAGCUUUCUCUCCGUUAGAGAAAUGUACUGUAGCAAGACUGUUUUAGCUUCAGACACGUACCUGAGUAUCAGGUGCGACACAACAUUUGCCAAAAUAACAAAAUACAACAAUCUAAACCCCUCAGCAUCAACUAUUCUACCUUCACAAAGCUACUCACACAAAAAAAAUCCUCAUUAUGAAGGUCUGUUGGAAGACCUGGAGGGAGACUGACUUGAAACAAAGAAAAAAUAGAUUCUACCUUCACUAACAAUGAAAUAAAAUGACUAUGGAACUAUAAGCAGUCAACUGUUUACGUCUAACAUCAAAUUCAGGAGCCUAAUGUUUUAGUAAUAAUCCUGUUUUAGAAACCUCUUUGUUCAAAAAUAGGCAAAACAUUUUGAGCAAUUAACCAAAUGAUUCAUUCUUCUUCUUCUCAGUUUGGUUUUCUGUAGUUGUAACUGGACAGAUUGGGCAAGGCUGUUUUUUGGUACAAUGUGCUAGUUUGUAAAAGUGUUGUUUACAGAAGGCAGUGAUGAACUGAAGAAAAAAAUAUGAGGUGCCAAAUAUAACUAUAAUAGCACAAAAUACUCUUAAGGUGCAUUAGUACUGAAUACCAUAGCGAUUGUUCCAAGCGUGUUACACAGUUGCAAAUGUUUGCUAUACUUUUUAGUCCUGUCGAACAUUCAUUGACUUGUUAAAGAUUUACAUAGACCCAAACAGGUUUUAUUUUUGUGUCUGUAAAGAAAUAAAAUCCAAAAUAUUUAAAUUUUAUGAUUAAAUAUGCAGCCUAGAGCUGCUUUUUUCCCCCCUUUAUAUAUGAAAUUUGUCAUACGUCUUUUAUUGUUCUAAUGAAUCCUAAGCUUGUGUGACCUCCAGUGCAUAUUAGACCAUUCACUGUAUGAAAGGAAAAACAUGUUGAUAAAUUUGUGAAUUUUUAAUAAAAUAGAAAAUUCUGAUGUUUA